AGGCCCCUUCCCGGAUGCCUGCCCGCUCUGACCGGCUCCCAGGUGAAGAGGUUCUCGGCCUCCAAGCGGAAGCAGCACUUCAUCAACCAGGCUGUGCGGAACUCGGACCUCGUGCCCAAGGCGAAGGGGAGGAAGAGCCUCCAGCGCCUGGAGAACACCCAGUACCUGCUGACCCUGCUGGAGACAGAUGGGGGCACACCUGGUCUGGAGGAUGGGGACCUGGCACCCCCAGCGGCACCCGGCAUCUUCGCAGAGGCCUGCAGCAAUGAGACCUACGUCGAGGUCUGGAACGACUUCAUGAACCGCUCUGGGGAGGAGCAGGAGCGGGUGCUCCGCUACCUGGAGGAUGAGGGCAGGAGCAAGACGCGGAGGAGGGGGCCCGGCCGGGGGGAGGACCGGCGGAGAGAGGACCCGGCCUACACGCCCCGCGAGUGCUUCCAGCGCAUCAGCCGGCGUCUGCGAGCCAUCCUCAAGCGCAGCCGCAUCCCCAUGGAAACGCUGGAGACCUGGGAGGAGCGGCUGCUCAGGUUCUUCUCCGUGUCCCCCCAGGCCGUGUACACGGCCAUGCUGGACAACAGCUUCGAGAGGCUCCUGCUUCACGCCGUCUGCCAGUACAUGGACCUCAUCUCGGCCAGUGCUGACCUGGAGGGCAGGCGGCAGAUGAAGGUCAGCAAUCGGCACCUGGACUUCCUGCCGCCCGGGCUGCUCCUCUCCGCCUACCUGGAGCAGCUCAGCUGAUGGCGGCCCGCCGGGCCCCGCCCACCGCCUCCCCGGCGCCGGACCUUCCGUGCCACCCGCCAGAAUAUCUUCAUUAUUUUUAGAAUUCGUCUUUGGAAACGUCAUCUUCCCCUUGGGGUGGCUCUCUCUCACCCCAGCCCCCUCCCUGCCCAGCCCUUCCAGAUAAACUCUGGUGGCUGGGGCUGCUCUGGCCUUUCCAGGCCCCAUAGCUCCUCGCUCUGGGACUUGUAUUUGGGCGGG